UUACUAUUGUCUUGAAAAUUAAAUAAAUAAAACCUAACAAAACUUCACAUUCUUUCUAUCAUUUUCUCUCUCUUUAAAACACUAAACACUAAAAUUUCGAUUCACACUGUCCUCAAACACAACCACUAAAUCAAACUCUCUUAAAAGAAAACAAGACCAAAACCCUAGUUUUGAUGGAAUCAGCAGAUUCAGGGUCACAACCAGGCCCUGUCAGCAAAGAGGAUCCAGGUCCGUCCAACGUAAACCCCACUUCACCUCCAGCGACGCCUAGCAGGUACGAGUCACAGAAACGACGUGACUGGACCACGUUCUUGCAGUACCUCAAGAACCACAAGCCGCCUCUUGCCUUGUCACGGUGUAGCGGAGCGCAUGCCAUCGAGUUCCUCAAGUACUUAGAUCAGUUCGGCAAGACCAAAGUCCACGUGGCGGCUUGUCCUUACUUCGGCCAUCAGCAACCUCCGUCUCCUUGCGCUUGUCCUCUCAAGCAAGCCUGGGGAUCUUUAGAUGCUCUGAUCGGACGGUUGAGAGCAGCUUACGAGGAGAACGGUGGACGGCCUGAGCAGAACCCGUUCGCGGCACGUGCGGUGAGAAUUUACUUGAGAGAAGUCAGAGAAAGUCAAGCCAAGGCACGUGGGAUACCUUACGAGAAAAAGAAACGUAAACGGCCAACCACUGUUGCUCCGUCGAGAGAUGGUUGGAACAUCGGUGAUCCGUCUGUGGCCGAGGCUGUACCUCCUUAAGUUAAAUUAUUAUUGUCAUACUUUUCUUGAUAUAUAUUAAAUACAUUAUAUAUGCCUGGAACUCACAUCACCUUUUUUGUUUUAUUAGUAACUAAUUAUCAAAUUUUGUGAGUUAAAUAUUGAAAAUAUAUUUUUGUUCUAGUUCAGUUGAUCUUUGAUGAAUUAUGUUCUUGAAAUUUUGAAUUCUUAUGAAUUUCACACAUAGUUUCAAGGACUAAUUAACGAGGUUUUCAUUUCAUAUGUACUG